AAGUAGUCGACACGCACAAGUUGACACUCGCACACUGGCUGUUUUAUCGCUCUGUGACGAUUCCACUCAUGGUCUGUAGACUCUCUUGGACAGGUGCAUACAUUGACACACAGACACACACAGACACACACUGAAGCUGCUCCAGUCAGCAGGAGUGUUUUCCUCAACAUGGAAAACAAGGCCGACGUAAAGGCCAUCAUGGCUCGUUUUCAAGCCAACGCCGGGAGCUCCGACGAGAGCUCCUCGCCGUCACUAAAACACAAGACGCCCGUCAACGUCACCCUCUCAUCUGGUCCCCCCAUCCCGUCCAAGAAACCGGUCUUGGAGAGUCUCUCGGGCGGCACUUUAAAUCUACCGCCCAAACCGGCCGCCUACCUUAAAAGCUCAACUAAAAGUGACACCGAGGUGCCGGCGGCUAACAAAACGAAAGCAAUGGCGAGCCGAUUUAACAACAGCCUGGAGGAGACUACGGAUAAAAAACCUCUCCUUGAAAGAGGGCAAACAUCUCUGAAGUCACCGGAAGCAAAGUGGCCUGAAGUCAAAAGUCCCGGAGUGAAGCCCAUCCCCAAGCCGCCUCUGAGCACGACCCUUUCGAACCCCAGACUUCUAGGUCCUAAACCACCUCCGGCAGCAUCUAAACCGACCUGGCUUAAAGAGGAGAGCAGCGAAGGCUCGCCGAUAAACCCGGCGCCGCCCAAAGAGCCUCCUCUGCACCGCAAACCCAACAGCAGCAUCGUCAAGUUACGGCAGCAGAGCGAGCCCGACAAACCUUCGCCGCCGGCAAACGUCGAGACUUUCAAAAACAAACCCGAGAGUGACCUCAACGUGGACGCCAAAGCGCCUCUCAAUCCCGCCGUCCCUCCACCGAAACCCCCGGCGAGUCGAAAGCCCAGUUUGAAAAUUCCGCCCAGUGCCUCUAUUCAGAACACUAAUAUUGAUUCGGAACCCAAACGCAGGCCGCUCCCAAACUUGCUCACAUGGGGCCCUGCGCCCGUCAAACCAAAACGACCCCCCAAAGUAGACUUGAGUGGCUUUCGAAGAGCAGCCGUGAUCUUUAAUGGAAAUAACGCCGUCAACAAACCAGUGCCCCCACCUCCCUUAACGUUUGGCACAAAUCGGCCUGAGCCGCCUCAAAGUGCACUUCCAAGUCUGCCUCCACGACCUUCUGGAACCAUUGUGCGGGAAGAAUCCUAUGACGAUGUUGAUGCUGUGAAGAUCAACUCGAACCUUCCUCCUCCUCUGCCGCCAUCCACAGGUCAUCCAAGCCUGAGGCCAAAGGAAGAAGACGAUGACGACAGCGGCGAUAUGUACGAGCCUCUUGAUGAAGAGGCGUGGGACGAACACGAGAAGACAAAAGAAAAAGAGGAGAGACGACAAGUUGAGGCCGAGAAGAAAGAACAGAAGGGGCGAGAGAAGAAAGAACAAGACGCCAGGAAGAAGUUCAAGAUUGUGGGCGCCGUGGAGGUGAUUCAUCAAGGCAAAGCUGGCGUGGAUUACAAAGGCAGCAAGACGGAAUUGGCGCUCAAGCGAGGCGACUGUCUGGACAUUAUUCGAAUCCAAGGCAACCCAGAGGGCAAAUGGUUGGGACGAAAACAAGAUGGAACCAUUGGCUAUGUGAAGACAACUUCAGUGGAAAUUGACUUCAACACACUGAAGACUCAUCAAGCUCAGCAGGGCUCUACCAGCUCUGAACUCUACGAUGACGUCGGCGUGGCGUCGUCGGACAGCAGUGGAAUCAGUGGACAAGGAGUCUUUUUACCGCCUCCCCCAACAGAUGACGAACUUUAUAAUGAUGUCAUCGAUCCGGAUUUGGAUGUGAGUCGUCCUUUGCCCAGGAUGUCUGUUAAGACGUUUGACCUCCUGAAGAUUUUUGAGCGAAACAGACGUCCAGACAGCACUAAAGUACUGCCUCCACCCACCCAGUUUACAGCCGGCGAAAGUUCAGUCGAUGAAGAGCUCUACUAUGACGUUGACGCCCAAAACCUGCCGCCUCCUCCUCCCAUCAGCAGCAUCCCAACCCUGAGAGGCAGAGGCAAGGAAGAAGAAUGUGACCCAAAGAAAAUGAAAAAGUUUGACAAAGAAGAGAAAGAUUUCAGGAAAAAGUUUAAGUACGAUGGCGGAAUUCAGGUGUUGUAUCAGGUGACAGUCAGCCCCGCUGCUGUCAACAAAAAGUGGAGCAGCAAAGAGCUGGCGGUCAAACCCGGGGAGAAACUCGACGUGAUCGUCAAGCCCGUCGACAACAAAAUGAUUUGUCGCAAUGAGGAGGGCAAGUUUGGUUAUGUUUCAAUGAGCAACAUUUGCAUGGACGACAUUUACGACGAUAUCGGCGAUGAUUGCAUCUAUGAUAACGACUGAUGAACACCCCACAUCCUGUGUAAAAACAUACAUGUCGUCAAAUAUUUAAAAUGUUAUUUAAUUGUGUUUGGAUGUCUUCACUCAACUGUGUUUUGGCUACUUUUUUUUUUUUUUUUUAAAUAAUAUAAACGGUAACAGUAUUUACACUUCAUUUUAAUUUAUGUGAAGGAUAUUCAAAUGUUCUCAGGUUUGUAUACACAAUGCUUCAUUAACUUUCCCUGUGAGAUGCCAUUACAAGUUUAAAUGAAAAAUGUUUUUCUAAAUUAACGUAUGGCCUAAUGAGACAUACACAAUUUAAUAAUAAUUAAUAUUAAUUCAAUAAAUAUAUAUUUUAAAAAACUAGGCCUGUAUUUAUAUAAACAACAUGCAUUUCCUGACUAUUUUAUCAGGCUUGAACAAAGUCUUUGUCAUAUUGUUAUUUGUAAUAUAAUAAACUUGCCCCCUGAGACGUCGGGGGGAAAACAACUUUUGCUGCUUGUAUCAAUAUAAUAUAGUAUAUCUUACAUCCUAGGCAAAAAAAAUAAAACAAACAUGAUGACGCCAUUAGUCAUGCAGCUUCACAUUUGGCAAUUAUCUCCACACAGAUGUAAUUAACGUCAAAAUGGAAUCACAAAUAUAAUUGUUUUUCAAAAUAAGUACCAUUUUUUUACCUUGUGGCCACUUUUGACCAGGCUGAGUAACUUUUAACUGUUGCAUUCGUCGUCUGGCUCGUCCGUGUAGCUUCUUUUUAUUUCACUAAUAUUGAAAUGCGCUGCAAAUUAAUCAAAAGUACAAAACAGCCGUUGGCCUUUUCCCAUCAAAGUAAAACUUCUAUUCAACAGGAAAUUCAAAAAUAAAAGGGAGAGUAUUGCAGUAAAUUUAGCUAUUAAAACAUUUCUUAUUUUUAUUAUCUUGCGUGGUUAAACUACAUUUUGGCCAUGCUUGCACUAACACUAUUCCGACUGGGAGUGGUGGGGGCGCUGUGUUGUCUUUGAUUCACUAGAAUAGAAGAAGAAAAAGGCGGAAGUGAACGUCCUUGUCUCCAACAUGGCUCCCCCCGUAGCAGUAUCGCCACUCAUCAAGACGGCCCGGUGGUCUGCCCUGUUGCUCGGCGUCUUCUAUGGCAAACAGAGGUUUGAGUACCUGAAGCCCAUCGCAGCGGAGGAGCGGAAGGUGGAGGAGGCUGAAAAGAAGGCUCGCGAGGAGCAGGAGCGCAUUGCCAAAGAAUUGGCCGAAGCCAAUUCAGAUACCAUCCUCAAGUGAGCUACUUAGCCUCCAUUAUGUUCUAAAUCAAAUAAAAGAUUGUUUUUCAUGUGA